AUGGAGGAUGAGAUUGUCAUCAUUGGUAUUUAUGGAAUGGCGGGAGUUGGCAAGACAACCAUUCUAAUGCAUGUCCAUAAUAGAGUACUUGAGGAUCCUAACUUUAAUGAUGUGUUCUGGGUCACUGUACCUCGGAAGUUUAGCAUCUAUAAACUACAAAACGAGAUUGCCAAUGUAGUCGGACUAGACAAUCUCUCAAUGGAUAAGGAUGUGAAGAGGAGGGCAUGCAUAUUGAAUAGGCAUUUGAAGAGAAAGAGAGCUGUCUUAUGUUUAGAUGGUCUGUCGAUGCACUUUGACAUUGAGGAUGUGGGAAUUCCAGUUGAGAAAGGAAGCAUUAAGUUGGUAAUGACAACUCGAUUGCUAGAUGUAUAUGAGAAGAUGGUCUGCCAAAAACAAGUCAAAAUAGGUCCUCUAGAUUUGCGAGAUGAUUGUUGGGUCUUAUUUUUAAAAAAGCUUUGCUUUGGGAGAGACCUCCCUUCAGAAGUUAAAAAAAUUGCAAGCUCCAUUUUGGAUAAGUGUGGAGGUUUGCCACUUGGGAUCAUUGAGAUUGCAACUCAGAUGAGGGGACCAAAGGGAGUGCAUGAAUGGAAAGACUUGUUGCAGCAAUUAGAAAAUUCGAUGAUGGAACUUGGUGUGUUCAAGAAACUGAAACUCAGUUACAUGAACUUGGGUAAUCUUCAAGUGCAGCAGUCUUUCUUGCAUUUAAUACUCUGUUUUGGAGAGUACUCUAAAGCUGAAAUCAUCGAAAAGGUUUUGAUAGAAUCUUUCAUGGAUGAGGGCUUGUUAAGUGGAAUAGCCACUCGGCAAGAAUUGCACAAUAAAGGUAACACCAUAUUGGACAAAAUAAAAAAGGCUUGCCUGGGGGUUGAUAAAGACACAGAAUAUCUGUUAGUACACCCCUUGAUAAGGGACAUGGCAUUGCAAAUAGUGACGAGCACAACUCACAUGGUCAAGGCCAACAUGGGAUUGAAAGAGAUUCCAAAGGAUAAGUUCUGGACCGAUCACCUAGAGAAAGUCUUUUUACAAAGCAACGAUAUAAAAGAAAUCCCAUACGGCAUAUCGCCAAAUUGCCCUAAACUUAUGAGGCUGUCGUUGGAUAACAAUGUCUCUUUGGAAGCCAUCCACAAAUCUUUCUUCAAGCAUAUGAAGGGGUUGAAGGUUCUAGAUCUCAGCAAAACAAAAAUCACGGAAUUACCGGACACUAUAUCUCACUUGGAGAGCUUAGAAGCACUGUUACUCCGAGAGUGUAAGGAAUUACAUUGUGUACCUUGUGUACGAAAGUUCAAAGCUCUAAAAAAGUUGGACCUUAGUGGGUGUGUUAUGCUUGGAGAAGUGCCGGAGGGAAUGGAGAUGCUGGUAAAGCUAACGUACCUUGACCUGCUUGGCACAUAG